CGUCGCCCGGGCGACGAGGCUCCCCGAGGCACGUGUCCUGUAUAAAAGCGGAAGGCGGCGGCGUGAACGCGCACACAGACUCAAGCAGCAUCAGCAGAGAGGUAACUCCACGUCCACUAAGCAGCAGCAGCCAUGUCAGAUCUCCAUGUUGGAAUCAAUGGAUUCGGUCGUAUUGGCCGCCUGGUCCUGAGGGCUUGCCUUAAGAAAGGCAUCAAAGUUGUAGCCAUCAAUGACCCCUUCAUUGACUUGCAGUACAUGAUCUAUAUGUUCAAGUAUGACUCCACCCAUGGCCGUUACCAUGGUGAGGUCUCCCAAGAAGAUGGCAAGCUCGUAGUCGAUGGCAAUGUCAUCUCUGUUUUCCAGUGUAUGAAGCCAGCUGAGAUCCCUUGGGGAGCCGCUGGAGCUAAAUAUGUUGUUGAGUCCACUGGAGUCUUCCUCAGUGUUGAGAAGGCCACUGCUCACAUCCAGGGUGGUGCACAGCGUGUGGUUGUGUCUGCCCCUUCACCUGAUGCUCCAAUGUUUGUCAUGGGAGUUAACGAAGACAAAUACGACCCAUCCUCCAUGACCAUCGUCAGUAAUGCCUCCUGUACCACCAACUGCCUGGCCCCCUUGGCUAAAGUCAUCCAUGAUAACUUUGGCAUCGAGGAGGCUCUCAUGACUACAGUUCAUGCAUACACAGCCACCCAGAAGACAGUGGACGGUCCCAGUGCCAAGGCUUGGCGGGACGGCCGUGGUGCCCACCAGAACAUCAUUCCAGCCUCCACUGGUGCUGCAAAGGCAGUGGGCAAAGUCAUCCCUGAACUCAACGGUAAGCUGACAGGGAUGGCGUUCAGGGUGCCAGUUUCUGAUGUGUCAGUAGUGGACCUGACAUGCCGCCUUUCCAAGCCUGCAUCUUACGCUGAGAUUAAGGAAGCUGUCAAGAAGGCCGCACACGGGCCCAUGAAGGGAGUUCUGGGUUACACCGAAGACCAGGUGGUGUCCUCUGACUUCAUCGGUGACACCCACUCCUCCAUCUUUGAUGCUGGUGCUGGCAUCUCCCUCAACGACAACUUUGUCAAGCUCAUUUCCUGGUAUGAUAAUGAGUUUGGCUACAGCUGCCGUGUCGCUGACCUGCUAAACUACAUGCACUCCAAGGAGUAGGCACUGCCUGUCCAGAAGGGAAGUCAGGAAAGGGACCACCCCCAAGCAUCCUCUACCCCUCCUUUCUGUUUUACACACAAGCCCCACCCAUAGCCAAGUCAUAGCAUCAUGGCCCUUAGCUCUACUACAGUAUGCGUAGGCAGCAGCAACAGUGUGUUUCAGUGUUCUGAGUGUAUCUGUUUUUCCUUUAACAAAGAAGCAAGGGUCGGUGAAAGUAUUUGUGUCCGUGUGCCCCCCUCUCCACCUCCCACUGCCACUUUAGAUGUGUCGUUAUGGCUCAGUACUAUGGUAACUACUGUAUCCAUCUCACUGUUGGUGUGUUUUAAAGACUUAAUCACCAGUGGAAGGAGGAAGCUGAGAGGCAGACCUACUGUAACUCUGCUUAAGAAUAUGAGACAAAGAAAUAAAACUUGAAAAACCUCAA